UUACCCAACGCCCAAGAAAGGCAAAAGAAAUGCGUCUUUUUUACAAGGAAUCUUCGGCACCCCUCUUAAUCAACAAAUUUAACUUCCAUAGUCUCUCUUCUUACUUGACUGUUUUUUUUUUGCCCUUUUUCUCCUAAAGCCCUUAAAACCCUUUUUCGCUCAAUGACUGAAAAAAAUGGUGAAACCAACAACAAACAGCUCUACGCUUUGCUUCACGUUUCGCCGGAAGCUUCCGAUGAAGAGAUUAGAAGGGCGUAUCGCCAAUGGGCCCAAGUUUAUCAUCCGGAUAAGCACCAAUCUCCUCAAGUACUGAAUGAAUAUCGUUUGAUGCGACUUAAUUCACUAAUUCAAUGAAGGAGAUUGCAACAGAGAACUUUCAACGAGUAUGUGAAGCUUAUGAGAUUUUAACAGAUGAAAAUAAAAGGAUCAUAUAUGAUAUCUAUGGCAUGGAGGGACUUAUUUCUGGCCUGGAGCUUGGCCCUAAACUUGAAAAAAUCGAUGAGAUCAAGGAAGAACUUGAAAGAUUGCGGCAUCAGAGAGAACAAGAAAAAGCCACACCCAAUAUCCGAUCAUCUGGUUCACUUUUGGCAAAUUUGUCAUGGCCUGAUCUUUUAGAUGGUGAUGGUUUUAUGAGAGGGAUGGCUAUGGCCACUGAAGUUCAAUCUCAAAUAUCUAAGCGCACUUCUCUUGAUAUUGGUGGUAAUUUGGCUGUUAACGAAAAUUCUGGUGGUGGUGCAGCAACUGCAAUCCUUAGGCAUCAUGUAUCUCAAGUUUCCUCUGUAGAAUUAAUGGGAUCUAUUGGCUUGCAAUCAUUGGUAGGAAUACAAAUUUCCCGCCAGUUAUCUGUUCAUUGUAAUGCAUCAACGGGCAUUACUGCGUCUUUGCGAGAUGGCUCUCUGAAUCUUUCCAACACCUGGACCCGUCAACUGUCAGAAACAACAAAUGGAAAUAUACAACUUUCUCUAGGUGAAGAGUCAUCUAUAGGUAUUGGCUGGAGAAAGAAAGAGCAAAAAGUGUCUGCUUCAGGAGAGAUAAAGAUAGGAACAAGCUCAUUUGGCGCAACUGCUAAUUUCACUCGCUUCUUUUCCUCUAAAUCACAUGGUCGAAUUGCUGGCACAGUUGGAAGUGAUGCACUUGCAGUUGAAAUUGGGGGUGGAAGAAAGAUAUCUAAGUUCAGUACUAUUCGAAUGUUAUACUCCAUUGGAGUUCAGGGGCUAAUCUGGAAAUUUGAAUUGCACCGCGGGGGACAAAAGUUGGUGAUUCCGAUAUUGUUGUCCAACCAUCUGAAUCCAGUCUUUGCAACCGGAGCAUUCAUUGUUCCAGUAUCACUGUACUUUACCCUCAAGAACUUUGUUUUCAAGCCUUAUUAUCUGAGACGGGAAAAGCAAAAGGCAUUUGAGAACAUAGAGAAGACUAAAAAUCAGGUUCAAGAGGCAGUGGCUGCAGCUAUGAAAGCCCAGCAGCUAUUGCAGAAUGUUGCCAAUAGGAAAAAGGCUAAGCAAGAAGAACUGGGUGGAUUGGUGGUUGUUCAGGCACUUUAUGGAAGUCAGAAAGCUAUAAUAAACAGACAUAAAUCAGAAGAAACAGGAGAUGAUGGAGUGGCUUCACAGAUCAUAGAUGUUACAGUACCACUAAAUUUUCUUGUUACCGAUUCUGGGCAACUCAAGCUACACGAAGGCGUGAAGAAAUCUGGAAUCAUGGGCUCUUGUGAUCCUUGUCCUGGAGAACCUAAACAGUUGUAUGUCAAGUAUACGUAUGGUGCAAACAGACAUGAGGUUACAAUUGGUGAUUACGAUGAGCUGCUAAUACCACAAGAAAGCCACAGAAUCUAAAAAGUGGGGAUAUAUACAUUGGGCCUUCAGUAUAACUUGAUAGGGAGUUACAGGCAAUGUCACCAUUGACCGCUGCGGCUAUUUGGCUUGCCAGUUUCACUGCAUUGCUGUUUCAUAUACCCUUUAUAGGUACCUUGUCUGCUUCUCCAAAAUUUUUGUUGGUAACUUUGGGUGCUACAUUUAUGUAUUUCUUCAUCAUUAUUUAUUUUACCAGAUUGACCCAAUAAACUAGUACAAGUUUGUGCUGUUAUUAUGGCAUUCUUAUUCUACGUGAUAUUGUUGUGUUUUCUUGGAGUAA